ACUGUGCGCAGCGCCAGCUGCUCAGUGGCUUGGCAUUUCCUGUCCGUGUCGGUUCCGGGCCUGGGACUGGGUCAGCUGCAGCUCCCAAUGUCUCUUCAGGGGGCAGCGGGGGCUGAGGAGCUGGUUUUCUAUGUGAAUGGAAGGAAGAUAAUAGAGAAAAAUGCUGAUCCUGAACAAAUGCUGUUGUCUUAUCUGCGGAAGAGACUCCAUCUUACAGGAACUAAAUAUGGCUGUGGAGGAGGUGGCUGUGGUGCUUGCACGGUGAUGAUAUCAACUUAUGAAGCAGCUUCCAAGAAGAUACAACAUUAUUCAGCAAAUGCCUGUCUGCUUCCCAUUUGCUCCUUGUAUGGUGCAGCAGUCACCACAGUGGAAGGUGUUGGAAGUACAAAAACCAGGCUUCAUCCAGUUCAGGAGAGGCUUGCCAAGUGCCAUGGCUCCCAAUGUGGUUUCUGCACCCCUGGAAUGGUGAUGUCCAUAUACACUUUGCUAAGGAACCACCCAGAACCCACUUUGGAGCAGAUAACUGCAGCCCUGGCUGGGAACUUGUGCCGAUGUACUGGGUAUAGACCAAUCCUAGAUGCCUGUAAAACCUUUUGUGAGGAAUCAAUUUGCUGUCAAAGUAAAGCAAAUGGAAAGUGUUGCUUGGAUCAAAAAGAUGAUUUAUUUGACAACGGAGAGAAGGUUUGCACCAGACUCUUUUCAACAGAUGGAUUUCAGCCUCUAGACCCUACCCAGGAGCUUAUAUUUCCUCCAGAACUAAUGAGGAUGGCUGAAAAUCAAGCAAAAAGAACUCUGGUUUUCCAUGGGGAGAGAAUGACAUGGAUUUCUCCUGUAAGCUUAGAUGAAUUACUGGAUCUGAAAGCUGCCCACCCCAAAGCACCUCUUGUGGUUGGGAACACCAACGUGGGACCUGAGAUGAAAUUCAAAGGAGUACUGCAUCCAAUUGUUAUUGCUCCAGCAAGGGUUCCGGAGCUGAACUUGGUACAACGCACGGAUGAUGGAUUAACUCUAGGAGCGGCCUGCAGCCUCACUCUAGUGAAAGACAUCCUGACAAAUGCAAUCUCGGAGUUUCUGGAGGAGAAGACAAAGAUUUUCCGUGCUGUGUUGCAGCAGUUAAGAACUCUGGGUGGAGAACAGAUAAGAAACGUUGCUUCAUUAGGUGGAAACAUUGUAAGUAGAAAAUCUACCUCAGACUUGAAUCCCAUUCUGGCAGCUGGCAAUUGUAUACUCCAUCUGGUGUCAAGAGGAAGAAAGCGACAGAUUCCUUUGAGUGAUAUUUUUGCAGAUGGAGCUGGUAACAGUACCAUUAUGCCAGAAGAGAUCUUGGUCUCUGUCUAUAUCCCCCAUUCUAGGAAGGGCGAGUAUGUGUCUGCAUUCCGACAAGCACCACGACGGGAAAAUGCUCUCCCAAUAAUCAAUGCUGGGAUGAGAGUUCUUUUUGAAGAAGGCACAGACAUAAUAAAAGAUUUAAGCAUUUUCUAUGGAGGUAGUGCCUCAACCACAAUCUGUGCAAAACAAACCUGUCAGGCACUUAUUGGAAGAUCCUGGAAUGAGCAGAUGCUGGAUGAAGCUUGCAGACUAGUCCUUGAAGAAAUUGCUCUUCCAGGCUUAGCCUGUGGUGGGACAGUAAACUAUAAAAAAACUCUGAUAGUCAGUUUCUUCUAUAGAUUUUUCCUGGAAGUAUUGCAGUCUUUGAAGACAAUGGAUCCUUGCCACUAUCCUGACAUACCUAUGAAAUAUGGGAGUGUCCUACAAGACUUCCAAACCAAAAUGCCACAGAGCAUCCAAAUAUACCAGGACACAGAGCCAGGUCAGCCUCCCCAAGAUCCCGUAGGACGUCCCAUUAUGCACCAGUCUGGAAUUAAGCAUGCCACUGGUGAAGCAGUUUACAUUGAUGACCUUCCUUCUGUGGACGGGGAGCUCUUUCUGGCUGUUGUUACUAGUUCCAGAGCUCAUGCUAAGAUUGUGUCUAUAGAUACAUCAGAGGCCCUGAAAGGACCAGGUGUGUUUGAUAUCAUAACAGCUCACGAUGUCCCAGCAACAAAUGAGUUUUACUAUUCCAAUGAUCCGGAGAUUGUAUUUGCAAAAAACAAGGUCAUUUGCGUUGGUCAGAUUGUCUGUGCUGUGGCUGCAGAUUCAGAUGUUCAUGCCAAACAGGCAGCUGCAAAAGUGAAGAUAGUGUAUGAAGUGUUGGAGCCAGUGAUCUUGACGAUUGAGGAAGCAAUAAAACACAACUCGUUCUUUGAGCCAAAAAGAAAACUAGAACAAGGAAAUGUUGAUCAGGCAUUUGAAACUGUUGAUAAAAUACUUGAAGGGGAGAUUCACAUUGGGGGACAGGAGCAUUUUUACCUGGAGACUCAGAGUGUGCUUGCUGUUCCAAAAGGAGAGGAUAAAGAAAUGGAUGUGUAUGUGUCAACACAGCAUCCAGCAAUUAUCCAGGAGAUGGUAGCUGCAAGUUUAGGUGUCCCAGCCAACAGGAUCAUGUGUCACGUUAAACGAGUUGGUGGAGCUUUUGGUGGGAAACUCCUGAAAGCUGGUUUACUGGCAUCAGUUGCUGCAGUGGCAGCAAACAAAACGAGCAGAGCAGUCCGUCUUAUUCUGAGUCGGGGGGAUGAUAUGUUAAUCACUGGAGGCCGACAUCCUUUUAUCGGUAAAUACAAAGUUGGCUUCAUGAAUGAUGGUAGGAUCAUAGCUGUGGAUGCCAAAUACUACAUUAAUGGAGGAUGCACCCCUGAUGAAUCUGUCCUGGUAGCAGAAGUAUCCUUAUUAAAAAUGGACAAUGCGUACAGGAUUCCCAACUUGAGAUGCUGGGGUUAUGCCUGCAAAACUAACUUGCCCUCAAACACAGCGUUCAGAGGGUUCGGUUUCCCCCAGUCAGCGCUGGUGACAGAAACUUGGAUAACAGGAAUUGCAGAUGAAACUGGUUUAUCACCAGAAAAGAUUAGGGAAAUAAACAUGUACAGGGAGAAUGAGCAGACACACUUCAAACAACAGCUUGAUCCGGAAAACUUAAUACGGUGUUGGAAUGAAUGUAUGGAGAAGUCUGCAUACUACAGUAGGAAAACAGCCAUCAAAGAAUUUAACAAACAAAAUUACUGGAAGAAGAAAGGGAUUGCCAUUGUUCCAAUGAAGUUUCCAUUUGGCCUCGGCACACGUUAUCUUUCUCAGGCUGCUGCUCUGGUUCAUAUUUAUACUGAUGGGUCCGUGCUUCUGACGCAUGGUGGAAUUGAAAUGGGACAGGGUAUUCAUACAAAAAUGAUCCAGGUUGCUAGUCGGGAGCUGAAUAUCCCCAUGUCACGUAUUCACUUUUGUGAAACAAGCACAACAACUGUUCCUAAUGCAUGUGCCUCGGUGGGAUCUGCUGGAACAGAUGUCAAUGGAAUGGCUGUGAAGGAUGCUUGCCAAACUCUUCUGAAGCGCCUACAGCCUAUCAUCAACAAGAACCCAAAAGGCACCUGGAAUGACUGGAUUAAAGAAGCUUUUAAACAGAGUGUGAGUCUUUCAGCUACUGGCUACUUUAGAGGUUACAAUGAAAACAUGGAUUGGGACAAAGGGGAAGGACAGCCAUUCACGUAUUUUCUUUAUGGAGCUGCUUGUUCAGAGGUUGAAAUUAACUGUUUAACAGGAGAUCACAAGAACCUCAGAACAGACAUUGUUAUGGACAUCGGACGCAGCAUAAAUCCAGCCGUGGAUAUAGGACAGAUUGAAGGUGCCUUUGUUCAAGGUAUUGGACUUUACACAAUGGAGGAAUUAAAGUACUCUCCAGAAGGAGUCCUCUAUACGCGGGGUCCAGAUCAGUAUAAAAUCCCUGCUGUUUGCGAUAUUCCAGAACAGUUCAGUGUUUCCCUGCUGUCAUCUUCCCAAAAUCCUUACGCCAUCUAUGCAUCCAAGGGGAUAGGAGAGGCAGGACUGUUCUUGGGAUGCUCUGUGUUCUUUGCUUUGAGAGAUGCAGUGACUAGUGUGAGGAAUGAAAGAGGAUUACAAAAGACCUUCACACUGAACAGCCCUCUGACCCCUGAGCAAAUACGAGCAGCCUGUGCAGAUGACUUUACUGAGAUGGUAAUAAGAAGAUGAUGAACAAUGGAUCUGCCCCUCCACUUCUUGGGCCAUUUCUGUGUGAACGCCAAACCAUAGAGUGCACGACAUCUGAAUAGAAUGCAAUGGAAAGUACUAAUUUACUGCCUCAAUACACACUAAUCAACAUGCAGAUAAAAAUAAUAUUUUCUCAUUUUCAGAAAUAUAUGCUCCAGCUACAAAGAAAUGCAUAUGACAUCUUCUAUCCUUUAUCCUCGUUCUCCCUUAAUAGUCUUCCCCCUCUCUCAUUACAGUACUUUAAAGUUACUGUAUUUAAUUACUAGAAACAUACCUGCAUUUGAAGCAUAUGUAGUCCACAAGAAGGAUCUGCUGAAUAGCUUUCUUGCACAGCAGCCCCAGAAAGAUCAACUCAAAUGCAAUUGUGGGAGAAGAAGGUUAGGAUGAAUUAUCAAGGUAUGUUAGAUGCCUUACUGCUAUUUGUCAGGCUUUAACAACUUGAUAUGAUAUUUGAUUUUUGAAAGGCUUCAGCUAAUUUAGAUUUUAGUCUUGCAGCGGAGUGUCUGUGCAAAGAUCUUUGUCUGUUGAAGGAUUAGAACCCUGUUCAUUGGAUUCAGUCCCUUUUCGGUUACAAAGGUGAUGCAAUAAUUUGUGGUAAAGCUGCUCUAUAUUCUUUUGGCACAGACAUCUUUGUGAUAAUAACAUGUAAGACAUGAGUUCUGAUUUUCUUUCGCUAUGCCAGGAAAAUUGCUGUGGCUGACCUGUGUAAACAGAAGAUGAAUUUAUCCCAAAAGCUGCAAGAGUUACUUUGCUCUUGUUUCCCUUGGAGGAUUUCUUUUUCUCGCAGAAUUAGCCCAGAGCCUCUGAACUUUAAUGGAAACACUUGCACAGAGUUCAGUGUGCUUUGAAAAGGAGCCUGGAUGAAACUGUCUGUGGAAAGGAUUCUUAAGCAGUGCUGUUGUGCACUGGUUAAACCUGUACUCAGGACUAUAUUGAGCCAUGGACGUAGAGUUGAGAGCCCUUCUCUUACUCUUGAAAACUCCUGUGAUAAAGCAGAUGUAUAAAACAUAAUAAGAUCAAAAGAUGAUUUCGCAAAGAUCAGAUAUCUGAUCUUGCCCAGGGUGCAAUAGGAUUAGAACUGCGCCCAAGAAGUAGUAGCUGGAGAAAAUAGGAAAAGAUGAAGCAGCACUAUAUUAAAUGGUAACAGAAAUCAAGGUGUUAAUAAAUUUGAUGUAUCAUAUAUUUGCAACCUAAAUAAGACCAAGAAAUUACAUAGAAUAUACCAAGUUAAUAUAUUAUGAAAGCUCCAGUCACAGCAUUCGUAUUUCAGUAUCUAAAUCCACAAUACUGAACUAAGAACUUCAGCCUUUCCUAUUCUUGAAAUGCAAAGCUGAAGUUACAUUUCUGAACACAUAUGUGCAUGUGCGCGUGCACACACACACAGAGCUCCGUGUUUUUUUUGGAUUUGAGGCUUUGAUUUGGGAUACAUCCUAACACUGAAAAACAAUCUUUUUUAUUUUGUUGAUGAGACUACAGUAGUUACCCGAAGCAGCACCUUAAUAAUUGUAGCAGUUCUUUGAUAGGAACAUAGAACUGGGAAAAUGGAUAAUUUGUAUGUUCUGUGUGUGGUUUCAGUGAGCCUGCAUCAGUCAUUCCUUGCUGAGCACGAUGACUGCCCUUCCAAUUUCUCACAGGUCAGAUUUCUCCAGAGCCAUAAAGACUGCCAUUUGUAAUGAAAAUAAAUGUCUCUAACUAGUUUGUUUUACAUGUCAGCCUGCAGUUUCUUAGUAUUUCAUUGCUCCUCAGUUUCCCACAGACUAUUUCCUCUUCUUGCCUUCCAUCCCUGUUUUUGUAAGUUGAUACUGAAUCUGUGACAGAAAUCAAGUUAAUGGGUCAACCUGUUUCUGUAUUGGCUAUUAAGAGACAGUGUCUUUCAAUUUGUUUGUGUCUCUGUAACCUCUGUAAGUGAGCGAAAUUCAGGUACUUAGACAUAGGUAUCUAGUACGAUUUUAGAUGUCAUAGGAUAGACAAGAGGGACAUCUGCCUCUUGGCAGGUACGACAUAGCAACUGGAGGCCAAGCAGGAUGUACUAGGAUAUCUAAAGUGGCACUAGAACCCUAGUUUAGGCGAUUGAAGCCCCCAGUGGUUGUUCUUUCUCUUCACUUUGCUUGUAUAUCUUUAGCUUUUAUAUAUUGUAGGAAACUAAAAAAACCCAUUUAAAUAUGAAUGCUGCUGCCCUAGUUAGACUUUUGGAUUUGAAAGUUUUUGUCUUAGUUUCACUGUGGGCUUGUUAGUGAAGAGCCACUCACAAAUCCCGCAUGUCAAUAAGAGCCCCAAACCAUGGGCAAAUCCUGGGAUAUGCUGAAGCAGGUAGCAUAUAGGGUUAAUGAAACUGGAGGAGGGUGCUUUGUGGCUCUCCUGUAUACCUUUCAUCAGCAUAGGUGCUGCUAAGUUCCAGAGAACUUAACUCUUGCACCGAUCCUAGCAUGAUCCCUGUCCCUCCCCCUCUCUCUACCUGCAGUGCUGAGGUAUUUGCACUCUUGUGAUUCAUUGUAUGCUGGAACUGCACUUUGCUUUUUGCAGAUCACGUGCCUGUUUUACAGUAUUUCUAAGCUAUUACUGACAAAUAUUCCUCCCACCUCAUUUCCAAGUGUUACUGUUACCUGAUUGUCUCAGUAAAAUCUAUACAUGUACCGAAUAUGGGUUGUUGGGGUUUUUUGGACUCAAACAUAUCAAGUUCUCUCCUGGCUUUUAGGUAUUUAGAAAAAACUGCAUGGAAGCUGGAAUUAUCCGCAGUUAAACAUCCUGAUAUAUGACACUGUGGCUACAUGAGAUAUUAUGAAAUAAAAUUGGAAUUGACAAGUAGUAAAGA